UUCAAAGAAAAUAACAAAUAAACUAUCUACGUGACUUUACCAAAAGACCCAAAGAAUAUAAUAAUACCUGACUUUGGUUAUUUAGUAAAGACUUAAUCGAGUUUCAAAAAUAAUAUUCAGGAGGGUUCUGCAUUGCAAUGUUUGGCCAACUCGCCUGCGAUUUGUGAACAAAAUUGGAAGAGUAUCCACGUGAAAACCCACCACCCAAAACCUCCUGCUAGGCCUGGAUAUUCAGUACGUGGUGUGAUCGCUUGCCCAGUUCAGAAUCUAUAAGCUAUCUGGUAUGUUCAGGGCAGUCUCCCAUCUAAACAGUCUAGAACGAACCAUGAUCGCACUCGGCUUGAUAAUUAUUAAUGCGAUGAGAUGGGGAGGCGCAUUCGCAGGGUAAAUCCGUUUAAAGCUAAAGGCAUAAACUCCACGCAUCUUUGCGUAUCCGCUCUGUCGGAAUAUAAGUUACGCUAACCGUGUGUGCUGUGUUUACUGCAGUCCAAACGUGUACAUAACGGCACGUACAUUCUUUUAAGACUACGAUUACGAAAGUAAUUAAUCGUACAGGAUAGAAGAAAAGAUCGUGACUGCGUGGGUUGUGGUAAUGUAAGCUACAACGGUGUACCGGAUGGGAUGGUAGGAUAUAAACAAUCUUGAUUAUAAACAUUUGGUACACAGAUUUAGUCGAGUCUAUGAUGCUUAAAUCUGAAAGGGCAAAACUUUACGAAUUAGGACUCUCCCAAAAAUAACGACGAGAAGUGUUGAUUGAUAGAGCGCGGGUGGUGGGGGGGGGGGGAAUUCUCGACCUUUAAAAGUUCCACAUUUGGCAAGCCUCCGUGCUAAACACCGUCGGUGAACCGAGUAAUUCUCCUCCGGCCGAGUGCGACGCUGAAGCCAACAGAAAGCGGGCGAGGCCCGCUAAUGGCUGGGCACAACAACAAUAGUCGGGUUUCUGCAGUGCUGCUUGCUCCUCGGCGCUGAACCAGAGCGGCGGCGAUGGCGGCAGCGACAAGGGCAGUCCGCGGGCGCACGUCUGCGACAGCUGCUGCGGCCAGUUCCCCACGAUGGCCGCCCUCGGCCAGCACAUGGAGAGCUGCGGCAAGGCCCCCGCUGUUUUCAUCGUCGAGGAGAGUGACAAAGUCCCGCCGGACGACGGGAGCCCGGGCAACGAAAUCGGAGUCCUCCGGGAAGGAUUCCCGGUCGCCGUCGCCGUCCCCAACGGUGACGGCAAAACCAAGGCGUCGCAUUUCCCCGACGACUCGCCGCCGCCCCUUGAAAGCAGCAAGCGCUUCAGGGCAGACUCCAGCGGCUCCGUGGGCGGCCACGCCGUGACGUCGUCGUCGAGCGGCGGUGGCGGCGGCAAAGGGAAGGUGAAUGGAUACUCUUUGUCCGAGGCGCUUGAGGUGGGACGCUCUGAGAAGGCGGCGGCGGCGGCGGCGGCAGGCGGUAGCAAGGUGGCUAUGUCUGGCGCGGCAGCAAGCUUGCCGUUCAUCGUGGAGCAGCUCGUGUCCCUGCACCAGCAGCAGAUGAACCAGCUCCACCUCAUCGAGCAGAUACGGAGCCAGGUGACGCUCAUGGUGGCGGCUUCGUCCGCGGCCGCCGCGGCCGCGGCCGCGUCCAUCCCGUUGCGCCUCAACCACGCGGCGAAGAUGACUACGCCGAUGGCGCCGCUGGGACGCCCGCAGCCGAUCCACGUCGCCACGUCCAGCGUCUCCACGGCGACCAACUACAUUCAGGGUGGCAGCCUCGUGAGCGCUAUGAGCUCGCCGGGCAUCCUUCCGUCGUUCGGAACCAUGACCACUUCGUCCCCCGGCCUGGUGUACCCCAUCCUGACGAGGCUGCCCCACGGCGCCGUGCCCUUCCAGAGCCAGCACGGCGAGCCGGCGCUGUCCCACGGCGGUCGCCACCGUAGGAACCGGCACCUGUCGGUGGAACGCAAGGCCAGCGGGGAGGAGGCGGCGGCGGCGGCGUCGUCGGCGGCCAUGGCGGCGGUGAGCUUCAUAAAAAACAAAUGCCGCUACUGCGGGAAGGUGUUCGGCAGCGACAGCGCCCUGCAGAUCCACCUACGCUCGCACACAGGCGAGCGCCCCUUCAAGUGCAACAUCUGCGGCAGCCGCUUCACCACGCGCGGCAAUCUCAAGGUGCACUUCCAGCGUCACAAGGAGCAGUACCCCGACAUCCCCAUGAACCCGCACCCUGUGGCCGAGCACUUGGACAACGUCGUGACCAAGUCGGGGCUCCCCUACGGCAUGAGUAUCUCGGCCGAGGAGUCGGCGGCGGUCCGCGAGAACGACAAGAUCGCCUACCCGCCCCUUAAACCGAGCGACGACGGUGGCUUCGGCAUCGGCGGCAUCGGCGGCGGUGACAAGCUGUCAUCGGUGAAGGUCGAGCGGGGCCUGGGACAGGGCGGCCGCGACGACGAAACGGCGAUCAGCUUCGCGACGUCCACCAACUACAUGUUCUACAACAAGAUGAACUCGCUGAGCAACUCGGAGGCCUCGGCACACGUGAGUCGCGCCAACUUCGAGGAGCGACUGCGGAGCGACUUCUCGUACGGCAGCGGCGGUGGCGGCUUUCCGGACCCCAGGCGGCGCUCGGAGACGUCCAAGCUGGAGCAGCUGGUGCAGAGCCUCGAAGAGCGGGGCCUGCCCGGUGGCUCCGCCGGCGCUCCCGCUGAUGACGGAGCAGGGGUCGGCACCGUGCCCAACCAGUGCGGCGUGUGCCAUCGCGUGCUGAGCUGCCCAAGCGCGCUCAAGGUGCACAUGCGCACGCACACGGGCGAGCGGCCGCACAAGUGCAAGGUGUGUGGCCGGGCCUACACCACCAAGGCCAACUUGGUGCUGCACUACGCGGUGCACCGGGGCAAGCCGGCCGUGCGAGCGCUCCACUCGUGCCCCAUCUGCCAGAAGCAGUUCACCAACGCCAUGGUGCUGCAGCAGCACAUCCGCAUGCACAUGGGCGGGCAGAUCGGCGGCAGCGGCAACGAGAGCGAGGGGGGGCCGCCGUCCGCCCCGGGCUACGCCGCUGCAGAGGCUUCCCCCGAAGCGGGCGAGACGACGAGGGUGGCGGCUGCGGCGGCUACGGCGGAGGACGAGGAAGAAACGGGCGAUAGCUACGCCGGCGAGCGGGACAGACCGGUGGAGGAGGCCGCGAGCUACUUGAGCGGCGACAACAUGGAAACUGCCGAGGGGGGAUCUGCCGACGGCGAGAAUCGCGAUGCGGACGACGACGAGGAGGAAUUUGCCGACGCGAGGGACGCCAGUUUCACGGAGGGAGCCGCGGAACCCGGGCCCAGCUUCAGCCAAGGGCCGUCUCCGCCCGGUUCCGUGUCAUCCGACGCAUCCACCGGGAAGAAGCCCAAGUCGGGCCUGUUAAAUUUCAGCCAGGAAAGCUUCAACGGCAUCGCCGAGGGCGACGCCUCCAGCCAGGAUGGCACGCUGAGCUUCAAAUAUGGGGAGUUCUCACGCAUGGACUUCAGCCCUGCGCCGUCCAGCGCUGCCUCCCUGUCCAACGGCAGCACCAACGACCACCGGCUCAAGCUGCUUGCCCUGGUGGGCCUCGGCGAGGGCUUCAACCCCAUCAAGACGGAGUCCAACGCGGAGGGGAGCAACGAUGGCAUGGCGGACCAGAGCCAGGAGAAUGGCUCCUUUCGCUCGUUCUCGCCCUACGAUCAGAGCAAGGGCAAGGCUACCACCUGCGACAUCUGCGGCAAGCGGUUCCCGUACCAGAGUGCCCUUGACAUUCACUACAGGAGCCACACCAAGGUGCGGCCGUUCAUCUGCCCCAUCUGCAACCGCGGCUGCACCACCAAGAGCAACCUCAAGCAGCACAUCCUGACCCACCGCAAGGGGUACUCGGCAGAAUUUCUCGGCCAGAGCUUGGAAGAGAGUGUUGGCUCGGGCACGGGCCUCGUGGCUCGGGCCCUGUCGCUUCCUGGCGACGCCGUCAACGGCUUCAAGCAGGAGUCGCCGUCCGUCGCUCUGCCGUCCGAGGGCGAAUCGCCUUCGCCCGGCCAGGCACUGGGCCUAGGCCUCGGGAUGGGCCUGCCGCGAGGCUUCCUGCAGAGCCUCGUGUCGCCGCGGUCGUCCUCCACGCCGCCGUUCGCGAGCCGCCGCUCGAGCAAACAGCACAACUGCCCGGUGUGCGGCAAGAAUUACUCGUCGGCGAGCGCCCUGCAGAUCCACUCGCGCACGCACACCGGCGAGAAGCCGUACGCCUGUUCCGUGUGUGGCCGGGCGUUCACCACCAAGGGAAACCUCAAGGUGCACAUGACAACGCACAUGUGGAACAGCGUCCCUGUGCGCCGCGGACGCCGCCUCUCCGCGGAGCUGCACCCUUGCUUGCUCGACUCCGCCGUGCCGCCGUCGUCGUCCGACGCCUCCGACUCCAACGCGGCGACCGGGGAAGACGGCAUCGCCGGCAGCGGCAACGCCGACGGUGGCGGCGGUUCAAUCGUCGUGAAGCAUCCGCCGCUGCCGCCGCCUCCGCCGCCUCCGCCGCCACCGCCUCCCCAUCACCUGGGCCACUUCCCUCCCGACGUGUUCUCUGCUGGGCCUCAUGCGUCAGGCCACCCGUCUGGGUCUGACCCGAAUUUCUGGAUCCAGUACGCGGCGCUGCUCGCCAACGGGUUAGCCGUGCCGCCGCCGCCGCUGCUGCCGCCGCCGCCGCCGCCGCAGCCGUUACUGCCACCUUCUCUGCCCAUGUCAUCGGCGAUGGUGGGAGCCGUGCCGGCGGUUGGGGGAGGUGGAGGAGUGGCGGGUGCUAGUGCUAGUGGUGGAGGAGGUGGAGUCGGCAUUGGCCUUGGUGGUGGCAGUAGUAGCAGCGGUAGUAGCGGUAGUGCCAAGGUGAACGAGAUUUCGGUGAUCCAGAACGUGGCUGUGCCCGGCACGCCGCCGAGAUUUGGCGGAGGCGUCGGUGGCGAGGGAGACGAGCGCGAGGAGGCAGCGGCGAUGGAGCGGAUGGUGAGCGAGGGAGAAGCGGCACACCGAUACGCGCGCUUCAUGGAUGCCGACAAGGAGCUGGCCUAGUGCCCUUUGUGCCACUUUUGAUAUGGCGAUUGCUUUGGAAUCGUUGUUGAUGGCGGUGAUGAUAUCUGUUGGAUUCAUCGUUAAUGGUGGCGAUGACGAUAUAGCAGUGGAUUCAUUCAUGAUAGUGAUGAUGAUCAAGAUGAUGGUUGUGGCUUGAUUGAUAACGGUGAUGAUACAGUAACUGGUGAUGGCUGUGGAGUCAUUGGUGUUGAUAGUGAUGAUGAUGGCUGUGCUUUCAUCGAUAAGGGUGAUCAUGAUGGGUCACGAUGAUAGCUGUGGACUCAUCGUGUCGACCAUGUUAUUAGUCGUUGGAUGCUUGAUGGCCCUGGGUUUAAAAGUUGGGCUGGUGCUGUCCCGUGUUAAAUCUCUUGACUCUUGCAUGAAAAACGCAGCACCCAGGACAAGUUUAUUUCUUUCUUUGAAGCAAAGUAUUUUUUUUCCCAGCAACCUAUGUAUGCCUUGAAGUAAUAACGUCGUACAUUUUUAUUUUUUGACACUUGACAAAGAGUCACGUCAAACGAAAAGAAAGAAUUCUGUCACUAAACGGGGAAGAAGAAAAAAAAUAGAUGAAUGAUCUUUUUAAACACAUGUUCCAGCUGCUUAAAUCUCUACGCCAUGGAACUGGCCUACACGAGUAAGUAAAUACGUAGAAAAUAAUAACGGGCCGAGGGAAUGUUUUCUGCAUGCCCCGAAUUGUUUGAAAGGUUGUGAAUUGAUGUGAAUGCUAUCGUCACAUUUGAAAGGCAACGAUGUUAUUUUAUUUGGCCACGUGGCGGCCUGCAUAAGGCGUAUUAAUACAAAAAAAUGAACUAAAAGUUUACGUUUCUAAAAUACCACUGGUCGUGUUAUUUUGAUUCGCUUUUAUAGAUUUGCAAGCGAGGUGAAUUAUUCCAUUUUGCCCAGAGGUCCCGCUUUCAAGUUUUUAAAAGGCCUAACGACCACAAUACAUGUGAACAAAUGGUUAUUUUAAGGCCGUGAAAUGUUUUGACGUGUUUUUUUAAAAUGAAUUUGUGAAAGUCCGCCGAAAACUUGUUGUAAGUUUUACGACGGACUACAGCUAUAGAAUUUGACUUUGUUGGGAUUUAUGCAUCGGCCUUGUUGGUUGCGGCCGCCCAGUUUUAACAGUACGGCACGUAAGUUCAGAUCCCUAUAACCGCUGACUUAAAGUCGUCUGUGGUGCUAGAAUAAAUGUUAUAGGAGCUGUUCAAAAUUUGGCAAUGCCGUUAUUAAGAUAAUACCUGAGGUGAAGUAAACUUAAAAAAAUUAGCAUUGCUAUAUAUUUCUUCAAAUGGACCAAAAUGCCUACGAGUGUGACCAUUGCAUACUUUGUGGCAAUUUGUGCAAGUAGUGGGCUUGUAUAUAAUGUAAUGUUUACAUGCGGAGGUGUCAUAACAACACUUGGCAGUUUUAAUAAACAUGUUUUUAGACGGUAGUUUUUUUUCAGGUUGGUAAUUUACGUGUACAUUUAUACAACAAAAUAAGCUAUCGCGACCCUUUUACACAUCAAUAUAAAAAAAUCGAAUGUUUUUUACCCCCCCCCCCUCCUCCUCACAUUAUUGUUGAUGCAUAGACGUAGAAGCCGGGCAGCGUUAAGCUGCGAGCUGUCUUUUUUAAUUCGUGUACGUUUUAUUUAUUACUGCGUUAUUGUAGACUUAUUUCUUUUUUAGUAAAGUUACUUUUCAGGCAUAGGUGCGGCGGUUGUGACGAUGGGGGUGGGGGGGAGCCUCGCCUAUUGCAAACUGUAUUUAAAAAUAUAUAUUCACUCAGGAUAAGCUCAUGGACGAUGGAGUAAAUUAAGCGGCUUUUUGUGAAUCUGUUGAAAAGUGGAAUGUAGGUGGUACCACAUUGUUCACUUUGUCGUUUUUUAACUUUUCAUAUAUAACAGGUCGUGUUAACGGAAUACCAAAAAAAGUUUUUAGUUUUUUUUUAACCCCGUAAAGUGCUUUCAUGUCACACCUAGAAAACCACAAAUGAGAGUGGAGUGAUUGUGAAACAUUUGAUACAUUUAGUUUACAAUCGAGUGCCUUCUUUGCUACUGAUGAACAUACUCGCUCUACCUCAGUGCCUUGUAAAUAUAUAUGCUUGAAUCUUUGUUUGGUUAAAGUUUUUUUGUUGAUAAUCAGUCGUAUAAAAACAUUUUACAGCUUUUGUUAACUAAUUAAAAUAUUUCUGGCCUGCUCUGCCUUAGUCUCGAUGGUUAUUCAGGAGGCCUUUGUGAAACAAUGACAUGCUACGAUUUUUGGAAGUAUAAAAACAUCCUCUCCUGGACUAAGUAUUAAUUAUAGCUGGUUUACUACUUCAGUGGCAAUAUUUUUCCAACGUUUUUUUUUUAAGGGGAGAAAAAAGUACUGUAAUAUUUAUCAACCAAUACCUCAAUGUAUUUACUGAAUGUACGUAAAGAACUGGAAUGUCAAACAAAAUCAGGUUUGUUUUUGUAUUGUUGAAAAAAAAAUGUUGACAUCUUUUUAUACGGUUCGUGAAGUGAUGUUUUGGGUACGGGGCAUAUUUAGAUAAGUUACGACUUAAGGGGGGGGGGCUAUUUUCGGACAACAUUACGAUGAGAUGUUUGUGACCAAGGGGGUGGAUUUUCUCAUCAUAAUUCUGAUCGAAAAAUGCAUUUCUGUAUUCGUAACAGGUCCGGCAGACAUUCUUGAAGUGCCGUUGUUCAUAGCGUCUGGAGAAACAAAAAAAACAUGUGCCUGGUUUGUUGAAAGAUGCAGUGAAGGAAAUGCAGUGAAAUAAACCUGUUCAUGAAUCACA